AUGGGAAACGACAAAUUUGCAGUUAAAGUGCUUUUGUACAAAUGUCACGACCUUGUGGCAGCUACAAAUCAAGUGGGUGGCAAGUGUAGCGCAUAUGUAGUUUUUACGCUAGAUGGUGUCACCAAGAAAAGUUCAUGCGUUAAGAACAGCCUAGAUCCACAUUGGUCACCACCGGAGAAGUUUGAUUUUGAGGUGGAUGAGUGGGAGAAUGAGUUUAUUACUGCACAUGUCUUUGACUAUAGCCAGCAAGGCGAGGGCGACUUAAUUGGGUCAGCAGUGAUUCCAUUGACACUCUACGCUGGAAACAGAAACUGCGAGAUCUGUAGCUACCCAUUGGUACUGCCGGAUGAGGUGGGCGGAUUAGGAUCACCCAAAAGCGACCUGUUCUUGCAGAUAACUCUCUUGGAUGCAGACGGUAGUCCAGUGGAGGAGUUUUAUUGGUAA